GCUGCUCACUGAUGCUUCUUGCAGCACAUGGGCUGAAAUAAACACUUUGGCAAUCUAACACGGAGAGAAGCAGCACAGCAGCUCCUGAGAUCGGUAUUUAGCAGUUGAAAAUUAAAUCCGGCAGGUGUAGAAACCAGCGUCAAUUUGUGACACACUUUUCAUAAACAUGGUGUGGGACGUGGAGAUACCCGCACUCAGAGGGUUUCUCACAGUAAGCGAAGAAACGGAAUGGAAGCAGAACAUUUUCAGCGUUGCAGAGAGCAGCUCUCUGCUGCAGUCUCUCCUGGAGGGCAAUUUCGAGGGGGUACUCCUGAGUCCCGUUGUCCUGGACAUCUUUGGAGGGCACAGCAGCGGGCAGGAGACAAUAGAGGCCUACCUGGGGAGGCGUGCCUUGGCCUACCUGAGCGACGCCACCGAGGAUGACAAAACGGAGAGGGAGAUGGUACUCUAUGUCCUGGCUGUGACCUGCCUCCACCUCUUCGCCCAGAGCAACUGGACGGGCCCCCCUGUCUCCAUUCAUGUGCAGGACUUCCUGCCCGCCGCCCUGCUGGAGCCCUUCUCAGAGCCCCAGGCCCUGACCGCCGCCAUCCUGAGCAGCUUGAUCUUGGACGGUGAGUCCGUGUACAGCCUGGUGUCUAACCCCUUCCUCCUGCUGCUGGCCAGAGUCCUGCUGGUCACCUGUGCGGACAAGCUGGAGAGCUUCCAGUUGCUGCCCUGGUGGACCCUGAGGUACGUCACCCUGCACCAGCAGGUCCUGGAGGAGCGCUCCCCUGAGUUGCUGGCGCUGGCUCGGAGCAGCAUGGAGCGGGUGUUGAAGUCGGAGUCCCUCUUCACCAGCGAGACCUACAGGAACCUGGCCAUCCAGUUCCACCUGGAGUGCGGCUACACCUGCCUGACGUACUACGAGUACCAGGCUGCCAAAGAUCACUUCCAGCAGGCGCGGGAGCGCUCCCAUCUGGAGAUAAAUGUGACAGGUGCCUUGGGGAAACGGACGCGCUUUCAGGAGAACUUCCUGGCCCAGCUCAUCCUGGACGUUCGACGCAAGGAGCAGGCGCCCCUCCCCGAAGACGGCCUCACGCCGGCCCCCACCCCUCUGUCUGGCCUGCCCAAGGACCAUGACCUGAGCGAUGACACGGUGCUGAACAAGAUCAACCUGGCAGAACCCGAGGAGCACCAGCUGCCGGACCUGAGCGCCGAAGAGCAGGCCGUCAUCCUUGGAGUUUGCACAGAUUUCCAGAAGAACAACCCCGUACACAAGCUGACAGAGGAAGAAAUCCUCGCCUUCACGUCUUGCCUGCUGUCCCAGCCCAAAUUUUGGGCCGUGGAGGUUACAGCCUUGAGCCUGAGGACCAAGCUGGAGCGGGGCAGCUCUCGGCGGGUGGAGAGGGCCAUGAUGCAGACACAGACCCUGGUGGAUCACUUUGAGGACAAGAGCUCCCCUGUGACAGAGCGACUGAAAGUGUUCUACAGCUGCCAGGUUCCCACUCGCUGGUCUCUGCAGCGGCAGUUGGCCAGCCUGCUCAUGGACCUGGGCUGCACCAGCUCCGCGCUGCUCAUCUACGAGAGACUGGAACUGUGGGAGGACGCCGUCAUCUGCUACGAGAGGAUGGGCCAGCACGGCAAGGCGGAGGAGAUCUUGCGGCGGGAGCUGGAGAAGAAGGAGACGCCCUCGCUGUACUGCCUGCUGGGCGAUGUGCUGAGGGACCCGCAGUACUACGACCGGGCGUGGGAGCUGUCGGGCCACCGCAGCGCCCGGGCCCAGCGCUCCAAAGCCCUGCUGCACCUGCGCAACAAGGAGUUCCAGCAGUGUGUGGAGUGCUUUGAGCGUUCGCUGCGCAUCAACGCCAUGCAGCUGGGCGUGUGGUUCUCGCUGGGCUGCGCCUACAUCGCGCUGGAAAACUACGAGGGAGCCGCCAAGGCCUUCCAGCGCUGCGUGGGCCUUGAGCCGGACAACGCAGAGGCCUGGAACAACCUCUCCACCGCCUACAUCCGCCUGAGACAGAAGAACAAGGCCUUCCGCACCCUGCAGGAGGCGCUGAAGUGUAACUACGAGCACUGGCAGAUCUGGGAGAACUUCAUCGCCGUGUGCAUCGACGUCGGGGAGUUCGGCGAGGCCAUCAAGGCCUACCACCGGCUGAUGGACCUGCGCGACAAGUACAAGGAUGUGGAGGUGCUGGAGAUCCUGGUGCGGGCAGUGGUGGAGAAGCUGGCGGACAGCCGAGGGGAGCAGGCGUCCGCCCUGCGGGCCAAGCUGCAGGAGCUCUUCGGCCGGGUCACCUCCCGGGUCAGCUCUGAGGCCCGCGUCUGGAGGCAGUACGCCCGACUCUACGGCGACGGGCGCAGCGAGAACCCGGAGGACAACGACAAAGCGGUGCAGUUUUUGGCUAAGGCACAUCGGUGUGAGACGCAGGCCAGCGGCUGGGAGAAAGACACGGGGACCUUCAGGGACAUUCUGAAGAGAGCCAUCGAGUUGGCCAAUGUCUCCAUCAGCUGCAGCAGGAGCAAGAGCAACCCCCAGGAGGCGGCGCAGGUGCUGUCCUCCACCCGCCUCAGCCUGCGUAGCCUGGCCUCCAAAGCCAAGCAACUGUACACUGAUGUUGCCACGGGGGAGCUCCACGGCGACCUGGCCGAUGAUGUCAGAACCCUGGAGCAGCUGAUCACCGAGAUGCAGGACCUCAGCAGCCAGCUCCGCAGUCAGUGAUGGAGCAGGCCCGUGCAGAAGGGUCGCCAAAAACAAGACAGAAUGAACUCUCACCAACAAAACCGCCAACCACGGGCAGCACCCAGCACCCUGACCCGUCCCUGUUAGACAUUCAAACAUGAUGCAUCAUGGAUUAAAUGCAUACCAAAAAGCCAAAUAAGAUGGCCACCAAGUGUUGUUUCUGGUGGUGAGGUCAUAUGUCACACGCUGACUGCAGAAGUGCUGAUGUGCUGUUAAUAUUCUAAGCGGUAUUUCGACACAUUUGUAAAUGUGACCGUAAUCUCUGACUGAGUGCUGUAACUCAAAAGCUCAUUAUGUAUUUCCCUCUACAGUUUCUACAUGUGUAGAAAACUAGUACAAAACCUUCAUGUCAUACACCACAAAGGAUCGACUGUCAGUGCAAUGCACAAGUGUGUUGUUACUGUUUACCUUACAUAUACCUAUCAUGAACUGCAAUAGUUUAAUAUUUGCUUUUUGCUGAUAUUACUGUAAAAAUUUUGAAGUAAAUUACACCUUAACUUGAUAACUACAAUGUGUUACCUUGAUAACUAUGAUAACAAACAGGUGUGUGUCAGUGUUAUUUAAAAUGUAAUAACACUUUUGUAAUUCUGAAAUGGUUAAUAACACAGUGUUAUUUUUUUUUAAUUGCAUCAUUAUAGGUGAGGCAUUCCCCAUUGUAAUGUAUCAGGAAAUGUCGUAGUGGAUACACUGAGUAAACAGUAAGACCACGCUCCUGGUAACGGCACAUGAUCAAACAUACAAAACACCCACCACUUUACAUUAUUGUCAUUUAGCAAACGCUUUUAUGCAGACCGACUUACAAUAUUAUCCGUUUAUACAGUUGUAUAUUUACUGAGGACAAUGUGGGUUCAGUGCCUUGGCCAAGGGUAC